AUGGACGCGCUCCGCCAGGCCGUGCGCGACGCGGCGCUGCGGCUGCCGAAGCCCGCGGGCGUGCCGCUGUCGUACGGCACGGCGGGGUUCCGCCACGACGCGGCGCUGCUCGACUCCACCGUUCAGCGCUGCGCGCUGCUGGCGGCGCUGCGAUCGCUGCAGCAGGGCGGGCGUGCGACGGGCGUGAUGGUCACCGCGUCGCACAACCCUGCGAAAGACAACGGCGUGAAGAUCGCCGACAGCAACGGCGGCAUGCUGGCCGUCGCGUGGGAGGCACACGCGACGCGGCUCGCCAAUGCGGCGACUGCGGACGACCUGGUGCAGGCAGUGGAGGCGAUAGUGCAGGAGGAGGGAGUGCCAGUGGGCGACGCCACAAGGGGGCGCGUGGUACUGGCGAGGGACACCCGGGAGAGCGGUCCCAGGCUGCUGGACGCCGCACUGCAGGGAGUGGCGCUGGUACCAGGAGUGACCCCAACGGCAUGCGCGCUGCUCACCACCCCCCAGCUGCACUGGCUCGUGUGGGCGGCCAACCGCCAGCCCCCCGCCUCGCCCCUGCUGCCCUCCGAAGACCUCUACUUCUCCACCCUCGUCUCCGCCUUCACAGCCCUGCUCCCCGCAUCCUCCUCUUCCCCUUCCCCCUCCGCCGCGCCUUCCCCCUCCCUCUCCCCCUCCUCUUCCCCCGCCCCCGCGCCCUUCCCCUGUCCGCCGCUGCUGGUAGACGCGGCCAAUGGGGUGGGAGCGCCCAAGCUGCAGCGGCUGGUGGAGGAGGUGCGGGGGAGGGCGGGCGUGGCGCUGGCGGUGGCGGUGCGCAACACAGGGGGCGAGGGCGAGGGGGAGCUGAACGAGGGCGUGGGGGCGGACUACGUGCAGAAGGAGCAGCGCGCACCCAGGGGGUUCGGGGGGGAAGAGGACAUGGCGCACAGGUGUGUGAGCUUGGAUGGCGAUGCAGACCGCCUUGUCUACUUCUUCCACUCUCCUCCCUCACCCACCACCACCACGGCUACCACUGCUUCACAACCCUCCUCCUCCCCUGCCCCCUCCCUCGCCCCGCCUGCCUCUGCCCCACCUACCUUCCACCUGCUAGACGGGGACAAGAUAGCAGCGCUCUUCACCUCCUUCCUCGUGCACACCCUCCGCGCCAUCUCCCCCUCCCAGCCUCCCCCCCCCGCCUCCGCCUCCGCCCUCCCCCCCUGCGCCUGGUUCGCCCUCCCGUCCUUCCGCGCCAUCUCCCUGGGCGUGGUGCAGACGGCCUACGCCAACGGGGCGUCAACGGCGUAUCUGGCAUCGCAGCUGGGGUGUGCGCCGGCAGUGGCACGCACAGGCGUGAAGCACGUGCAUGCCGUGGCGGAGCGGUGGGACGUGGGGGUGUACUUUGAGGCGAACGGGCAUGGCACGGUGCUGUUUGGGGAGGAGCUGCUGGCGUGGCUGCAGGCGCAGUCAGAGACGGGACUGCCGGAGGGGUCUGGUGAGAAUGGGGGGUGUCGCUUUGGGGAGUGGGGGAGUGUGGGAGUGUGGGAGUGUGGAUGCAUGGGGGUGUACUUUGAGGCGAACCGGCAUGGCACGGUGCUGUUUGGACAUGUGCUGCUGGCGUGGCUGCAGGAGCAGACUGAGAAGGGACUGCCGGAGGGAUCGGCCCUGCAGCGACUGGUAGCGCUGAGCAUGCUGUGCAACCAGGCGGUGGGCGACGCACUGGCGAACGUGCUGGCAGUGGAGGCGGUGCUGCGCUGCCAGGGGUGGUCGCACCACGAGUGGAGCCGCAUGUACCACGACCUGCCCUCGCGCCAACUCAAGGUGCGAGUGGCAGAGCGCAGCAUGUUUGUGCCGUGUGGCGAUGACACCAGGCUACUGGAACCCGCUGCUCUGCAGGCCACCAUCGAUGCUGCUCUUGCGGGAGUGGCGGGAGGGCGGGCGUUUGUGCGGCCGUCAGGCACGGAGGAUGUGGUGCGCGUGUAUGCAGAGGCAGCCACCCAGGAAGCCGCAGAUGCUCUUGCUCGCACCGUGGCCGCUGCUGUGGAGCAGCAGUCCCCCGUCCAAUAG